AUGUCUCCUGUUCGCUGUGCGCGGCUACUGUGUGAGAGGCCGGCCGGGUUGAGUCUCCACGGUUUGCGGUCAAUGACGCAGGUUGCCCGCGUCGCCAGGCCGCUGCCGGCCAAAGCAGCGAAGAAGAUAGGACGGAAAGGUCUGUCCCUAAUCGUUGGCCUGCUGAAGAAGUCUUUCAUGGCCGCUCAGAUGGCUAUCGAUGUGGAGCACAACAGACGCCCUCCGUCAGAUCGCGGCCACUCAAGACCCUGGUCGGUACAGGGCUCCUGGUCCAGACCUAAGGAACCCGCUAAGAAGCCGCAAGCGAAGAAAGCCGUCCGUCUAAGAAGCCGGCUGCCGGCCAAGAAGGCCAAAGCGGCCAAGACCGACACGCGCAAGAAUGGCCAAGAAACCCGUCGCCGCAACGAAGCCCGCAAGUCGGCCAAGAAACCCGCAAAGAGCCGAAGAAGGCCGCCUAAAGAAGGCGACUCACACUCACCGAGCCGCUCGAGCACAGCGCUGCGCGCACAGCCAAACGCUGCCAAGCCAGCAACGACUGGCGUCAAGAAAGCAGCCGCAAAGAACCGUAAACCUGUUCUCUUUUGCAAGUAUUGUGGCUUUGUCUAG